AUGUCUACUGUUGAUGAUUAUUUUUCAAUUCAGGCCUUUCUCAUUGUAUUGAGGGAGACAUUGGAGUCUGCAAUCAUUAUAUCGGUGCUUCUCUCUUUUGUCCACCAAACAUUCGGUCCGAGAUCGGGAUUCAAUAAACGAAAAUUUACAAAUGCUGAUUUUGACAACAGUGGUGAGAAUCAAGGCUACACUGCAAUAUCUGCUUCACAUGAACCCCAAGGAGCCCUUGAAUUGCCCGAUCUGGAGGUUGAUCUUGUUGAUGGGGACAAGUAUCUGCUGGAGGAUGCGCUGUUAUACCGGUUCUUACAGAUCCAGAUCUGGGUUGGCGGUUUGCUUGGUUUAGCAGUGUGUCUUCUUGUGGGAACGGUUAUUCUUUGUGUGUUUUAUGUGAUUGGCAACGAUCUUUGGUCCAUUGCGGAGCAUUAUUGGGAGGGCACAUUUUCCAUUCUUGCCAGUGUGAUCAUUUCGGUUAUGGGUAUAAAGAUGUUACGAUUAAGCAAAAUGCAACGGAAAUGGAAGUUUAAAUUGGCCCAAUUAUUGAAACUGUCGAGUUAUUUUAGCCAGGAAUCAUCUGCACGCUCGUUUGAGCAGGAUAAAAGAGCGGGGUUUGUUGAUAGGAUCAGUUUGCUUGCUGAAAAGUACAAUUUGGUGAUCUUGCCGUUUGUUACAACCUUGAGGGAAGGGUUGGAGGCAAUAGUCUUUAUUGGGGGUAUUGGAAUAAACGAAAAUACCUCGGUAUGGGCGCUUAUCAAUUCCACCAUAUUGGCACUUAUUUUGGGAUCACUUAUUGGUUUCGUAUUGUACCGAUCCGGUAACAAUCUUUCGCUCCAAGCUUUUCUUAUUGGGCUGACGUGUUUUCUUUACUUGGUUGCUGCAGGAUUAUUUUCCAAGGGAGUUUGGAAUUUUGAGCUUCAGCAAUUCAUUAAUCAGUGUGGUGGUUUGGAUGUUAGCGAGACGGGGCACGGUCCAGGAUCCUAUGAUAUUGCCAAGAGUGUUUGGCACGUGAAUUGCUGUAAUGGGGAAAUGCAAGAAGAUGGAGCAUUUUGGAUGUUUGUUACUGCAAUCUUUGGCUGGACCAACUCUGCUACGUAUGGAAGUGUGAUUAGUUACUUUGGCUACUGGACUGUUAUUAUUGUGGCAGUUAGCGCCCUGUUGUAUGAAGAAAGACAUGGCUAUCUUCCUUUGAUUCCGAUCAAAAUGCAAUUGAAUCGAAUCAGAAAGAGAUUGAGGACAGCUCAACAGUACCAAGAGGAAGAUAACAAUGUUGCUGCUAGUAGUGAAACAAACAGGCAAAGUCUAGAUUCAGUGAACUCGGAGACUCCAUUACGAACUGGUGUCUAG